CGGAAGUACUCUUUGUUUGAUCUACUUUUAUAAGUUUUCAAAAUUAUACAAUAUUUUAAUUAAAUUAACAACAAAGUCAUUCAAUUACAUAACAAACAACGAACUGUUACUUUCACAAAUAUCAAAUAAAGUUAUUGGAUCUAUAAAAUAUUUAAAACCGAUAGCUUGAAUGUCGUUCAUUCAUAUAAUAGUGAAAAAUAUUGCGUUAUAAUGAGUGACACGAAAUCUUUCGUAAAUUUCUCUUGUCAGCGAUGCCUUCAGCCCUUAAAACUGGACGAGUCUUUAAACAACCUUGGAGAACAUACAAUAGCUGAUCUAACACUUCAGAUUCGACGGAAUAACGAAGCUGAUUUGGAUCUACAGUCAUCCAGUUUAGAGCACUAUGUCCCGCCUUUCCGUAUGUCUGAAUCAGGUAAUGGAGCUAAUGGUUUUAUGGUCAUCUCAGAUGGAUGGGAGACCACCUCUAUAGGUCACCAGCUACACGUCAAGGCGACCUUAUAUGAUUUACUGUCCAAUAACUCUGAUGUAGAUCAUCCUCUGUGUGACGAAUGUACUGAUACACUUUUGGAAUUAAUGGAUAACCAAUUGAGACAGACAGAGGCUGAAUGGAAGGACUACAAUGACUAUUUAAAAAAAUUAGAAGACGACAAAGAAGAUUUGAAUUUAGAAGGCCUUGAAAAAGAGCUGGAGGAUUGGAAACAAGAACAGAACAGAUUAUUACAGGAAUUAUCAGCAUUACAAAAAGAAGAAAAGGCAAUGAAAGAUGAGAUAGAGGUGCAAGAGAAAGAAAAGGAGAGAUUAGAAGUGGAACAAGAUAUAUACUGGAGGGAAUACACACGGUAUAGAAAGGAUUUAAUGACAACGGAGGAUCAAAUGAAGUUCUAUGAAUGUCAAUUGUCCUACACACAAGCUCAAUUGGAGAAGCUUAAGAAAACAAAUAUAUUCAAAGCAACUUUUCAUAUAUCGGAUUCAGGGCAAUUUGGUAUAAUAAAUAAUUUCAGGCUCGGACGGUUACCUACAGCUCCUGUUGAUUGGUCGGAAAUUAAUGCAGCUUGGGGGCAGACUGUUCUACUCUUAUCCUCAUUGGCUAGAAAGAUUAAUUUCUGCUUCCAAAGAUAUAGAUUAAUACCUUAUGGUAAUCAUUCUUACAUAGAGGUGUUGGAAGACCAGAAGGUGUUACCGUUGUAUGGUUCAGGGGGAUUUCGGUUUCUAUGGGACACAAAGUUUGAUGCGGCAAUGGUUGCUUUUUUAGAUUGCUUGCAACAAUUUAAGGAGCAAGUUGAAAAGGGAAACACUGGUUUUUGCUUGCCUUACAGAAUAGAUAAAGGUAAAAUUGAAGAUACAGCAUCCCCUCCACACGCUUAUUCAAUCAAAAUACAAUUUAAUUCAGAGGAACAUUGGACAAAAGCCCUUAAAUACAUGUUAACUAAUUUAAAAUGGGCCUUAACGUGGAUUUCAUCGCAAAUCAGUGAAGAUAAAGUAGAAACAUGAAUAUUUUUUAUCUGUGAUAUUUUAUUAGACAAUGUUAUAGUAUGUUAUUGAUAACUCAUAACUUUUGUAAAUAUCAUAAAAUAAUGUAGCAAAAAUUGUAAAAAUUAUAGAUAAUAGAAAAAGAUUAAUGUGUUCCGGUGAGAAAAAUAUUAUAGUUUCUGAAAAUUUG